AGGAAUCAAAGAAAGGUCCGGAUGGCCUGGCUCUCCCCAAUAACUACUGCGACUUCUGCCUGGGCGACUCGCGACUCAACAAGAAGACGGGCCAGUCCGAGGAGCUGGUCUCGUGCUCCGACUGUGGACGCUCAGGACACCCAUCGUGCCUGCAGUUCACCCCGGUGAUGAUGGCGGCUGUGAAGACCUACCGUUGGCAGUGCAUUGAGUGUAAAUGCUGCAAUCUGUGUGGAACCUCAGAGAAUGAUGACCAGCUCCUCUUCUGUGAUGAUUGUGACCGUGGUUACCACAUGUACUGCCUCACCCCACCGAUGUCGGAGCCCCCUGAAGGUGAGCCAAGAGCAGUUUGUUCACCUUGCCUCUGCCAACGCAGUGAGAUGGCCGCCGUGUUGUCUUAGCCAUUGGCUGCGGGAGGAGUGAGGGAGCCAGACACUCGGACAGGGACAGGCUGUGCAGUGCCUCCUGUGUUCCUUAAUCAGUCAGGGCUCUCUGUUCCUUUUCCCAGUUUGUGAAAGGUGUGAUUAGAUUGUGUAACUAUCCCAGCGGAUUGGACAGUGCGAAAUGUGACUGCCCCCCUCCAUUGAAGAGAGGAAAUUCCAGACCAGUUUGCCUAACCCCAGUGGCUGAGAGAUGCUGGAAAGGAUGUGCUAAAUGGGCACUUUGAAACCACCAGUCAGCAUGGUUUUGUGAAAGGGAAAAUUGUGUUUGACAAACCUACUGGAGCUUAUUUGAGGAUGUAACUAUCACAAUAGAUAAGGGAGAACCAGUGGAUGUGGUGCAUUUGGAGUUUCAGAAUAUGGAUAAAGUAUUGUGUAAGAGGUUAGCGUGUAAAAUCCAAACAGAUGGGAUUGAUGGUAAUAUACUGGGAUGGACUGAGAAUUGGUUAGCAGACAGGAAACAGAGUAGGAAUUAUAUGGGUCAUCAGAGGGAAAUGCCAUGAUAAGUAUGAUACCACAGGGAUCACGGCUUUGGCCCAAAUAUUUUCAAUAUAUACCAACAAUUCGGAUGAGGGAAUCAAAUGUAAUAUUUCUAAGUUUGAUGACAACUCAAAACUAGGUGCUAUUGGGAACGGUGAGGAGGAUGUGACAGGAUAUCCGAACGAUUGGGACCAGUGAGUGGAGGGGCAAGAGGAGGCCAUUCAGCCUGUUCUGCCAUUCUGUGAGAUCACGGUGAUCUGUAGCUCUCAGCUCUCCACAUGCCUGUGUUUGGCUGAUAUCCCUUAAUGCUUCCCACAAACAGAACCAUCUCUGAUUUCAAACUUAACAACUGAUCCAGCACCCACUGCCACUGGUGAGAGAGAAUUCCAAACCUCUCCCACCCUUGUGUGCUUGUGGACACUCCUCCCCUCUCUCACUGGGUGCCAUGGUGCCAACUGAAGUACCUACCUGCCAUCCUCUGGAAUGAGGCGCUAUAAUGUGGAUCCAUGUGGCGGACACUUUGGUGGGUGAAGCAGGUGGGUGCAACAUUGAAAUGUUGAAGGCCAGGGAAGUGUGGAUUUACAAAGUACACCGAACACCGAAAGGCAGAGGUUCUGAGGCCAAAGGGAUGUUGGCGAUCAUUGCCAGAGAGCUUGAGUUCAGGGGUAGGUGUAUCUGUUCUGGGGACCUGGGUUUGGAUCCUGCCUUGGCAGAUGGUGGAAUGGGAAUUCAGUAAAAAUCCCGAAUACUGAUGAUCGCUGUCGAUUGUUGGAAACCCCCAUCUGGGUCAUUAAUCCCCUACAGGGAAGCUGUCCUUACCCGGGUCUGGCCUAGACGUGACUCCAGACCCACAGCAAUGGGGUUGACUCUGAGCUGCCCUCUGGGUAAUUAGGGAUGGGGCAAUAAAUGUUGCCCGAGCCAGAGACCCCCUCACCCUGUGAUUGAACAAAGAAAACUUGGAUAAACUGAGGCUACGGGAAAUGGAUAAGAGGUGGAGAUGAAAUUCCACAACUUGGAUUGGAGUUGCUGAGAGGAGGGAAAGAGAGUGAACCCAGGACUAACCUGUUUGUGGUGGUACAGUGUCUCAGUGGUUAGCGCUGCUACCUCACAGCACCAGGGACCCUGGUUUGAUUCCAGCCUUGGGC